ACAUUUGGUUUGAACCAUAAUAACAUGGACAGUUGCAUCAUCCCCACCCGCACACCGUCUCCUGCCAUCAUGAAGAGCUUACCCUUUUCCCACCUAGACUUGGAAGGGAGAGAUGCUCCACCUUGUCAUUACAUCUUCAAAAUCCAAUCCUUCUCAACACUUUCAGCAGCCCCAGUAGAGAAGGUCGGUUCAGAAAAGUUUGAAGCAGGGGAUUACAAGUGGAAAUUGAUUAUCUACCCAGAGGGGGACAAGAGCAGCUAUGGGCAAAAUCAUGUCUCUAUCUACCUUGCUUUGGUUGACACAAACACUCUCCCGACUGGUUGGGAGGUUAAUGUAAUUUUCAAACUGUUCGUGUUUAAUCAUGAUGUGGACCAGUAUUUCUAUAACAAAGAUGAAAGGGUAACACGUUUUCAUGCAAUGAAAACCGAACAGGGCUUCCCCAGAUUCACCGAACUUCUUACUUUCACCGAUCGUUCAAAUGGAUUUCUUGUAAAUGACACUUGCGUCUUUGGGGCAGAGGUGUUUGUUCUCAAACAGACACAUAAAGGGGAGUGUUUAUCAAUGAUAAAAACACCUGUUUCUUGUAACUACACUUGGAACAUAAAAAAUUUUACUGGUUUGAUUUGCGAUCGAUAUGAGUCCGAAUCAUUCCUUGGUGGAGACUGCAAAUGGAAGAUUAGGCUCUACCCUAAUGGAAAUGGGGAAGGCAAAGGCAAUAGCAUUUCUUUGUUCCUAUGUUUGGACGAUUCAAUUACUCCCGCUGAUACUAAAUUGUUCGUGAAAUUCAAUUUUCACCUAGUUGACCAAAUCGGUGAAGAAUACCAUGAAUUUGAAACGGAUAAUCUUUUCAGUCCUUCCUGCCUGGUUUGGGGCUCCCAGAAGUUCAUAUCACUGGCUAAACUGAAAGACCCAAAAAAGGGCUUCUUAGCGGGGAACUCCUGCAUCAUUGAAGCACGGCUAAAUUUGCUUGGAUCACUAAAUGCAGUAUCAUGAAAAAUUUGUCACUGUUGUAUUGCUCUAGAAUCCAAUGACAGAUGACUGUGACGUCUAAUAUGGCAAAUGUAGUUUGAAUGUAAAUGUGAUAUACAUCAAAGCAUUUGAAUAUGAUAUCCAUCAAUCAAUACUUG